AUGGAUUCCCAGGACCUAAUAUCGGUCAACGACCAAAAUGCUAUCUGUUACAUCCUCAACGGGUGCAUCCAGCCGGCUCCCGAUUCGAUACAACGUGCUGCAUUCGCUCUGGAUAACCUUAGACCCCGAACUGCUCGGGGUGUAACUGAUGAGACAUUCGCCCGUGGAUUCUGGCAGACAUUUCUCAAAUACGCCAGGCAAAUUCAUUGCAAUAACCAAGAUUAUCUCGCAACAGUAGUCAAGCAGUUAACGGCACUCCCCCCACAGAACCAGGGUACCGGAAACUUCUGGACUCACCUACCAGGGCUCAGAAAAGCCAUAGAAGAUAUGUGGGACGGCAAAACCUACAUCCCGCGAACGAAAUCAUUUGGUAUACCAGGAAUGGGGCUCAAAGCUAUGCGCCGCGCAUUCGAAGAUAAUCAAUCUGAGAACGCCAGGGUUAGGGAAUGCCGCAUGCAAGCCGCCGCGCAGUGGAUAUUUUACUCGGCCCCCAACUUGUAUGAGCUGAUGGAAUGUAAUCCUAGCGAGCAUGACCAGCGCAAACAUCACAGCACGCAGUUUUUGGGUACCGAUGUUUUUUCUCUUAGGCGUUGGAUGUUCUGGAAGCGGGCUCUUAUUGAUCUUUGCACACAGGUGGAUUAUGCUGCCAGAGCGGUGGAAUUUAUGGACGCAGUGGAUGGCGGCCAAUAA